GCGAACAGCUCAAGAAAAGUAGCAGCAGCAACCCGCGGCGGCGACGAGUAACCAACCGGACCACGCCAUUGCCAGUCGCCCGGCCGCCUACGAGCCCUGCCCCGCGACCUUGCCUGGCCACCGCGGCUUCCUCUCCCUCCCGCUACGGGUUCUCUCGCGCAGCCCGAAUUCGCGGGGUGGUUUCUGUUCUUUGACCGCUUCUUCUGAGUUCUUUCUCGGCGGCGCGCCAUGGAGGAGAUGGGGAAGAGGGUGGUGAGGACCGUGCGGGUGCGGAACAUCUCAGAUCUGGCGACGGAGCGGGAGGUGCGCGAGUUCUUCUCCUUUUCCGGUGAAAUCGAGCACGUCGACAUCAGAUUUGACGGUACGGGGAGGACGGCCUACGUGACAUUCAAAGAUCCCAAAGCCCUCGAGAUUGCCCUUUUCCUAUCGGGAGCAACAAUUGUGGAUCAAGUUGUGAACAUAACCCCAGCUGAAGAUUACAUCUACAUCCCUGUUACUGAACAGCAACUUUUGGUCAAUGAGGUGACAAGUACAAGUUCAGCUCCUAAUGCAGAAUUGGAGUACUCCUCCCCAGAGGCCAAUGCCAGCCCCAAUAGUCGUAUCUAUGUGAGCAAGGCCCAGGAUGUCAUGACAAAUGUGAUUGCAAGGGGUUCAGCAAUGAGACAAGAUGCUGUGAACAAGGCUAAAGCAUUUGAUGAGAAACAUCAGUUGAGAGCUAAUGCAUCGGCAAGGAUCAAUUCCUUUGAUAAGCGUGUUGGCCUUUCGCAGAAGAUAAACAAUGGGAUAUCAGUUGUCAAUGAAAAGGUGAAAUCGGUAGACCAAAGGCUACAUGUUUCUGACAAAACAAUGGCUGCUUUGCUGGCUGCAGAGCGUAAGCUUAAUGAUACAGGCUCUGCUGUGAAAACCAACAGGUAUGUAUCUGCUGGAACAAGCUGGCUGAAUGGUGCUUUUAGCAAGGUCGCCAAGGCUGGUCAUGUUGCUGGCUCAAGAACCAGAGAGAAGUUCCAAUUAGCGGUGUCAAAUCUAACAGCCAAAGGCCCUGCUGUUGUUGCUUGAGCUUUCUGUGCUGGUUAUGGAAGCUCUUCUUCCUGAGGAAAAUCUAUUGGAAGUCCUUGAGCCAGCAUCUCCCUUUGAUUGCGUGGACAGUGUGGAAAGUAACUGUAUUUCACUGUUGUCUUGUCCUUUUUUUCCUUGGGUGCAGGCUAUUGAGAAAAUCUUCUGAGGUUUGGUAUAUAGAGGAGCUCAUAUUUUGGUAUUUUUAGAACCCCCCAUUCUUUUAGUGAUGUUGUUAAAUUGAUUAUAGGUGAUAGUGAUAUUCUAUUGACUCGGUGUGGAUUCUUGAUCGUCAUUGAUUCCUAUUCUUCUGUGGUUCGCCCAAAACUGUUGCUCCAACUGAGAAGUUUAAACUCAGCUUCUGGCAUUGUGAUGCUCAUCGGUUUUGAUGUAUUAUUCGGUUCUUGACGUGCCAUAUGUUUGAAUUAUGCAUUGACAUGAGAUCACUGUUGAACUCCAGCUGUAAAUAGGUAGUGCUAUCUAGGUUCGGCA